CAAACCUGGUAGCUUUAUCAUCACCUCCCUUCAUCAUCUACCACAUACAAAUAUUGAUUCAGACAGCAGAAACUCUAUCAAAGGAACAAACCAACCCUAAUCGUCUUUUCCGGUCCGAUCCUUUCCCAGUAAAAUUUCUAAAUGAGUCGUGCGCAGGAUGCAAACCGAUCGUUCUUCCCUUUUGGAAAUCCUUUUAGGAUGAUAUCACCUAGAGGCACUAAAAUUACUUCAGAGCUGUUUUCAGUAUUACAAGCUUUUGAAGUAACUUUGGAAGAGAGGCUGAAAAAGCUUAUUCACGAGAGCAAGGAUGAGAUCCUUAGCUUGUCUUGGAUGACUUUGGCGAUGCAGGCACUUUCUGAGAGUUAUAAUGACAUUAAAAAUCUUAUAGCAGAGCUUGAUCUGCCUGUUAAUGAUUGGGAUGAGAAAUGGAUAGAUGUUUACUUUGACAUUAGCGUGAAGUUGCUGGAUCUUUGCAUUGCAUUCAGCUCUGAAUUAUCACGGAUGAGUCAGGGUCAUCUUUUACUUCAGUGUGCUUUGCACAAUUUAGGUUCCUCCUCUUCAGAGCAGUAUGAUCGGGCAUGUUCUUCACUUGAUGGUUGGAAGCAGCAUAUUGGUUCAGGAAACCCUAGGAUUGAGAAAUGUGGAAGCAUUUUGGAUGGUCUUCUGGGGUCACUUGAUCUUCCUAAGGUUAAAAAGUCUGCAAAAGGGAAGGUUUUGAUGCAAGCUAUGUAUGGAGUCAAGGUGCUCACAGUAUUUGUUUGCAGUGUGUUUGCUGCAACUUUUUCAGGCUCUACAAAGAAUGUGAUGCAUCUGGACGUGGCUGACUUAUAUUCUUGGUCCGGAACCUUUAAAAGGUUGCAAAAUCUUGUAAAUGAGGAAAUUAGAGUUAGAUUUUCAAGUGGAAGAUUUACUAUUUUGAAUGAGUUGGAAUCUGUUGAUUCCGCUGUAAAGGAAUUAUAUCCUAUUAUCCAGCGUGUUGUAGAUCCCAUCGAGAUGGAAUCACUUGCGAAUAUUGUCGAGGAAUUAGGAAAAUCAACGGAGAAGCUUUCACAGGGACUAGAUCUUCUUACAAAGGAAGUCGAUAGUUUUUUCCAAGUGGUCUUGACUGGUCGUGAUACCUUGCUAUCUAAUCUCAGGUCAGGUGCUAUUGUCAUUCACAGCAACAUGGGGAGUAACAGAAAUGCACAGAUUGUCAAAUGAAUUUGUCGCAACCUAAGACUGGUACACACAAAUGGAUAUCAGUUGCGAUACCUUCAUAUCAAGGUGCGACAUCUGAUUCUGAUCUCCUUUCACCUUAUCGCUCAGAACUUCUUGCAAUUGAGUGUCAUUUGGGCUAUAACUUGUCGAGACCUGUGAAAAUUGAGCUGCUUUUGAGAUCCGAAAAUUGAAGUGAACUUUUGCAAGAGUACACACUCAAUUUCUAUAUGAACUCUGAGCUGAAGGCUCUGUCGAAGGGAUUGUAUACCAGGUUUUGGGUCGAUGAUAUGUUUCAUCUCCAUCGAUAAGCCCCUCAGAGUGUCAGGUGUCAAAGAAAUCGAAGAUGUGAAUCUCUGUACUCAAUUAAUAUCGUGCUCUAAGCUGGUAUAACAGAGUUCUGCUAGCUCUGUUGAAGAGUGCAGACACAAGCUUUGUCAAGAUUAUGAUCGAGAAUAGAUAACUGAGCCACAAGCCAAACCACGUGCACGCGCCAUCUGCAUCUUG